GGAACGUAGUCAUAUCGGUUAUAAUUGAAAUGCAGUUACCUAAAUUGGUGAUAGUUCUGGAGGAUGCUAGUUUGCUGAGCACCGAUAAAGAAUCUAGGGUCGACAUUUUACACCAAUCGUUGUUGGUAUUACUAGAUAGUCCACUGAAUAAGAAUGGCUUCCUGAAAGUAUUGAUUAGGACAGAUGACGGCAACCUAGUUGAGGUUUCUCCACAUUUACGUGUUCCUCGUACACCGAAGCAGUUUGAGAGUCUUUUGGUAUACUUGCUGUACAAGCGGCACGUGAAAUCGCAAGAGCGUGAUGCCAUAUUAAUGCGGUUUAUUAAAAAUGAAAUAGAAAUUGCGUUACCUCCUGGAUCCCGUAGAUUUGGUUUAUCUGUUGGUGGCCGACAAGUGAAGUUGAAGGACUUUUGCCACCAGUUCAAGGCGGUUGACUAUCCUGUAGUAUUCCACAUCGGUGCUGUAUCGCAUACUCACCCUAAGGGCACUGUUGAGCAUGUGGAGGAGGUAUUAUCAAUAUCUGACCACGGACUCACGGCAGCUCACGUCUGCGCUAAGGUCUGCAGCGAGUUUGAAUAUUUACUCGGGGUGUUGUAAUUACCAUGACGCUAGAUUG